GUAUAUGUUGCUUGUCGCCGACAAGAAUAAGAUAUUGUUUUUACUUAUAGUAUUUUAAUAAAUUAUCAUAACAUCAACCGAAAACUAGUAUAAAUUGUGUGUGUGUGUGUGUUGAAUGAUUUAUGCUGUGUACGUAAUUCAGUGUAUUCCUUCGAAUUGGCCAGUAGUUUCAAUACGACGAUGAUACACGUUUUGAUCAUAGUAUAGCGUUUGUACUAAACUAAUCUCUUCUACACGUAAGAAAUGCGUAUCCCAUUACUAUUGUGUGCCAUUGCGAGCAACCUCGAUUUGGGAUCGUGUGUCGAUACGUUGUUACAGUUGAAUGAAGGUGAAAUAUGUGUAAAGCACCAAGAGAGUCACUCCAGACAUGUUUGUCGACACCAUGAAAACUGUUGGGCAGCGCAAAAGUCUAUCGAUCAGAGAAAUGCUCUGCGUUUGUGUUCGUUCGUCGGAUUAGAACCGAUCGUGUGCUGUCCCCCAAACGAAAACCCCGUUGACAACACAGAUUCGAUAUUAACGACACCCAUAAAAACUACACAGUCGCACACGGCUUCUAAAAUGUGUCAUGAGUAUUCGCAACUUUUCCGGAACUACGAUAGAAAACAACUGAAUUUCGACGACGACGCGGACAACGGCGACGGGGCAAACAUUGUUGGAGGGACCAAGGCCAAACCUAAAGAGUUUCCACACAUGGCUGCCAUAGGGUUUGGGAUUUCGUUUAAAAUGGUAUAUUGGAUGUGCGGCGGUUCGCUCAUCAGCAAUAGAUGGAUCCUCACCGCGGCUCACUGCGAUCAUUUUACACCACUAGGUGUUGCUCGUUGGGUGUUGCUCGGUGAUCUAAGUUACGCUCUUACGACCGAUGCCGCUUCGCCCAAUACUUACAAUAUAGCACAACGCAUUCUACACCCAGAAUUUAAAAGACAAAAAUCGUAUUACAAUGACAUCGCACUGUUCGGUUUAGACAGAGAUGUAACAUUUUCAGAAAACAUACUACCGAUAUGUCUGAACACGGACCCAUCCAUUGUAGUCUAUGAAGUAGUGGCGACUGGCUGGGGACUAAAAUCAGAUGGAGGUCCGUUAAGUGAAGAUUUAUUAAAAGUAAAUUUGCACACUAUAUGUACGAAUGUUUGCAAUAAAACGUACUACUCUAUUGUGUCAAAAUUGCAAUUCGGAAUAUUAGAUGAAAGUCAGAUGUGUGCAGUUAACGACGAAGACGGAAAGGACACAUGCCAAGGCGAUUCGGGCGGUCCGUUACAAAUAAGUAAUCCAUUCUUAGAUUAUGGAAUGUAUUUGCAGCUAGGAGUAACAGCACAGGGGCAGGCAUGCGGAGAUCACAAUGCGCCUGGAAUCUACACUAAAGUUUCAAAAUUCAUACCAUGGAUUGAAAAAAUCAAAACUGAAUACUUGACAUUCGUGCAUGAGUAUUCUGUUCAAAAGUAUUCAAAAUUAUUCUCAAGCCUUUGUAAUUUGUGUUCAAUGUUUAACUGUUACUAUAUUACUGGCGUUUCGUUAUUAUACUAUUUCGUUCAAUUGUUCACCGUUUCAGAAUGUUGUGCCAAUAGUACUCAAUACUUACAAGAAGGUGAUGUAUGUCAAGAAAGUGAGAAAGGCCACUACGUUUGUCGAACUUUUAGGGACUGUGUAUCUGUCAUGGAGUCAGCUCAGGUCGUUACGGUGAUAUUUCUUCAGUUGUGUACGUUCGUCGAGAGACAGCCAAUAGUAUGUUGUCCUGCUGGCCCAAAAAGCAACACUAUACAAAUCAAACAGUCGACCAACUCAUUCGCACUAAAACUACAUAUAUCAGCAACGAUGUGUCGCCAAUACUCUGAACUGACGCGAAGUUUAAAAAGAAAACUUAACAAUCCAAGGAAAAGAUCAUUUACCAUCCCAAACGUUGUUGGAGGUACAGCGGCCGAACCUAAGGAAUUCCCUCAUAUGGCAUUGAUAGGUUAUGGCCCGUCGAUAGAAACCCGAAAAUGGAGUUGCAGUGGUUCGCUGAUUAGCAACAAGUGGAUCCUGACUGCGGCGCAUUGCGAUCACCUGGGCGAUUCGGAAUUCGCUCGUUGGGUUCUUUUGGGCGACCUCAACGUCGAAUCUAACACCGACGAUGCCAAGCCCGCCGACUUCGAAAUCGUGCAACGUGUACUCCAUCCGGAUUACCGACCACCUUCUGAUUACGACGACAUAGCCUUAUUCCGAUUAGAUAGGAUAGUAGAAUUUUCAGAGUACAUACGACCCGCUUGUCUCAAUUUCAACCAAUCGUUAAAUCCCCAAACACAAAUAGCGACUGGUUGGGCACAAAUCGACAGGGGCAAUACGAUAAAUCCCCAUUUAAUCAAAAUCAAUCUAACUCUCGUACCAGAAGCGGAUUGCAAUCAAAGUUACGGCGUUAGUGAAACUUUAUCUCGUGGGAUUUUAAGUGACAAACAAAUAUGUUAUAACUACGACGAGAACGAGGUGAACACAUGUCUGGGCGAUACUGGUGGUCCUUUGCAAAUAAAGAAUACAUUAUAUGGAAACAUGUACACGCAAAUAGGAAUUACAUCAUUUGGAAAAUAUUGCACAGAAUCAGAAACACCUAGUGUACACACCAGGAUAUCGAACUACAUUAAAUGGAUUGAACAAAUAGUUUGGCCUUAGAAAAUGUUGUAACUAAAAAAAAUAAUGUAUUUUAGUAUAUAUAUAUAUAACGUAAUAUAUGUUAUAUUAUUAUUUAUUUUUUGCAUGAAUUAGAGAAUUGUGAACAAAUACUUUUGUACUUUU